UCGGCGGCGGCGGCGUCCAGCGAGGCGCGGAGGCGGGGCGGGAGGAGGGCAGAGGGGCCCCGCGCGGGGAGGGAGGACCGCGAGGCUCCAGAUGUUUGGCAGCGGCCGCGGAAGGGGCGGCUGCCGGGGCCCCGAGUCCCGCCCGAGCCACACUGCUGCAGGCACGGCCCCGCCAUGGCCCGCUCGGCUCCCCCGGCAGCGCCGCCGCCCCCGGGGCCGCCGGCCCGCGGCUCCCUCGGCAUCCACCGCGCCUUCCUGCGGAGCCCGCUGGGGCCGCUGCGGCUCGGGCAGCUGGCGCUGGGCGCUGCCUGCUGGGUGACGGUGGCCGCUCACCGAUAUGAGGGGGCGGCCCACUUCGCUCUCUUCGCCGCCGUCCUGGUGUGGCUCCUCACCCUGGCCCUCUUCGGGCUGAGCGUGCUGGGGCGCUGGGCGCUGGUGCCCUGGCUGGGCUCCCGGUGGCUCCUUGCCAACCUGGUGCACGACCUGGCGCUGGGCGUGGGGCUCUACGCGGCCGCCACCGGCAUCAUGGGCUACAAGGCCAGGCAGAAAAGCUAUUGCAACCUGCCGGGAUACAGCCAGCACUGCCCCUACAGUGCCUACCUGAGCGCCUCCAUCUGCGGGGGCAUCACCGCCUGCCUGUACCUCUUCUCUGGGCUCUACUGCCUGUCACGGCGCUGCCGGGACCAGCGCGACAUCAUCUGAGACCCCGCGGCACUUGGCUCCCCUUCUCCUCGCCCGUGGCCGGAGUGCAGUCCCCUCUUUAGGAUGAAGUGACCCUGCCACCCUAUUCCCUCCUGGCUCACUGCAUCGCUCUUCCUCCGGAGACUCCUGCGCAGAAGGAUGGACAGACAGAAGCCUUCCACGAGUAUGGCUUCCCUGCACCCCGCUGAGACAGCGUGGACACCCAGCUGCUGCACAGGCCCCUCUCCUACUCCUGGACAGAAGUAGGCUAUUGCAAGUGGAAGGACCCGAGCA